AUGAUCCGAUCUUUGGGUAUAAGGACCUUUUCCUCCUCUUCCAAAUGUCUAGCAGAACUUUAUACCAGAACAACGUUGAGGCCGGUGACAUAUAAGUUAGAAGUGCCAGAAAAAUUCCAACCUCAGAGUGUUCUUGUAUUAGCUACUCCAUCGAACCUUCCACUGGUGAUCGACGAGGCCAUUUCCAUACACCAGCAGAGAGGACUUCAAGUAAUAGUAGCUGGAGUAGACAGCGUGGUGCCCAAUUCAUGUAGAAAUGGAGUUUCUGAGAUGUGGCUAAGUGAACCAGCAGCAAUCAAGAGUUCUGUCUUGUUGGAUUCUCGCGAUGACUUGAACGACAAACCCCGCGAAAGUGAUGGUAUCAGAAUUGUAGUUGCUAGAAAGAACUGGAAGAAUAUGAACUCAAACUUGCUGUUGCAAUUGAGUACGAAAGCCAAAGUAGACUUGAAGCUAGCCAAUUCUGUGUUUACCACGGAUAACUUGGUGACAUUGUUCUAUUUCCAGUCCAGCAGUCUUGCAGAACAGCUUGAAAACUCAGGCCAGACUUUAUGCGAACUUUCGCUCGAACUUCCAAAAGGAACAGUGCCAGAAAACCCAUUGUUGAAGUAUGAAGACAAAUGGACUGCUCUUUAUGAUUCACAGGAAGAGCCUUUCGUAAUCACCAACUGUGUAGGAAACCUAGUGAAACAGAUCAACAAACAACCGGCUUCUAGCUACUUGGAGAACAACAAAAGGCUCAUGGGUUUGGGCUCUAAAGAUACGGAGGUCUAUGUAAAACUAUACAAAAAGAACGAUCCCCAAACUGCAUUCAGAUAUAAGGUCGUGGCUGGAGGUGGAGGCUGGGGAGCCAAGGCUAGCAUUAUAGCUCUUUCCACGGAUGCCAAAUUGGAGAAAGGUGAUCGCAUUGAAUUCUUUAUGCUUACACCAACUGACAGAUUCACUAUGCUGGAUUCAGAAGUACCUAAAGAGGAGUUGGUAGGAAAACUUGUAUUUGAAUCUACAUAUGAAGAGCAGAGUUAUGGCUCCGAUUCUGCUGGCGAGACAGAGACUCUUGAAUAUGUUUUUGGAUCGGGCUCUGAAGGCGAGUUCAAGUUCAACGAUGUCAAACACAACUCAGCUGGUGAACGUUUGAUUAUUGAUAUAGAGAAAUAG